UCCCACCAGGUUGUUAAUUUAGCUUGACUGCAAUCUUGAGAACUCAAGCCUCAAUUACUUCGCAACUACCGCCCACAGAAUAAUUGAGAAUGGAUGAAGGACCGGUAAAGAAGCGCAAAGUUUCCCGCGACGCGGCUGUUAAGGAGAGGCGUUCGGCGGGGAAAGAUGUGGAAAUUAUGAAGGAUAGGAAGAAACUGAAAGCUGCGGAAGAGAAGCCCGAGUCUGAAUCCGAGGAGGGACGGGAGGGCAUUGAAGAGGAGCAUGAGGAUGAUAAGGAUAGCGGUUCCGAGAGCGAGAACAAGACCGUGGCUAAAUUAGUUCCUGAUACCGCUGGGCCUUCUAAGGUUGCACUAGUCAAGAGCUUCGGGGAGUUAGUGAGUGGCAUUUCCUCCAUUCCCACACUUCCACCAUGAGUGCUGAUCGAAGUUUAGGGAGUAAUGGAUUCGCUAUGUGAAGCCUGCGAGAACCUCGGCUACAAGAAUCCUACCUCCAUUCAAGUCGAGUCGAUUCCCGUCGCACUGGAGGGAAGGGACCUUAUUGGCCUGGCGGAGACGGGAAGUGGAAAGACGGCAGCCUUUGCGAUUCCAAUACUACAAGGUAUUCCUAGGCAUAUCUUACCUUCUUCCAGCGUGUUUUUAACACCUAUAUACAGCGCUAUGGGACAACCCAACUGGCCUCUUUGCCUGCAUUCUAGCACCGACCCGCGAACUGGCCUUUCAGAUCUCAGAGCAGUUCGAAGCUCUUGGUGGCGGGAUCGGUGUUCGAUGUGCAGUCGUUGUUGGAGGUAUGGACAUGAUGGCACAGUCAGUAGUGCUCGGCAAGAAACCGCACAUCCUCGUUGCUACGCCGGGACGCCUGCUAGAUCAUUUGGAAAAUACAAAGGGCUUCUCGCUGAGGAAUUUGAAGUAUCUUGUUAUGGACGAAGCGGAUAGAUUGCUGGAUAUGGACUUUGGCCCCAUUCUUGAUAAGGUUCUGAAAGUUAUCCCCAAGACGCGGAGGACAUAUUUGUUUUCGGCCACCAUGACUUCGAAGGUCGAGAAGCUACAGAGGGCUUCGUUGUCUUCGCCGGUCCGGAUCUCUGUUAGCUCCAAGUAUUCUACCGUUUCGACGCUUAUACAGAAGUUCCUGUUUAUCCCAUUUAAACAUAAGGACACCUACCUGGUUUACCUUAUGAAUGAGUUUGCUGGACAGACAAUCAUUGUAUUUUGCAGGACUGUGCAGGAGACAUCUAGAUUGGCUCUUUUACUAAGGCAUCUUGGCUUCAGGGCAGUUCCUUUGAACGGCCAGAUGAGUCAGAGUGCACGUUUGGGAGCACUGAACAAAUUCAAGUCGGGCAGUAGGAAUAUCCUUGUGGCGACGGAUGUGGCUGCGAGAGGCUUGGAUAUGUACCUUGCCCCGGAUGUUCUCUUGUGUUGCUGCACGCUAACUUUUUGCCAGUCCCUCAGUAGACUGCGUAUUAAAUCAUGACCUAGCCCAAGAUAGCAAGACAUACAUCCAUCGUGUUGGUCGUACUGCUCGUGCUGGGCGUUCCGGACGCUCAAUAUCACUCGUCACCCAGUAUGAUGUCGAACUAUUCCUCCGAAUAGAAGCCGCCCUUGGAAAAAAGAUUCCCGAGUUUGAUGUCCGGGAGGAGGACGUCUUGAUAUUCAGUGAGAGGGUGGGCGAGGCGCAGAGGGAAGCGGCGAAGCAGCUGAGGGAGGAAAAGGAAAAGAAGGGUGGACGAAGGGAAGGUAGAAGCGGGGGCAUAGGAGGCAAAGGAAAAGCGAAGAGGAGAAGGGACGAUAUGGAUCGGGAGGAGCAAUAG